ACCGCUGGUCGUUGGGCAGAGCUGCACCGCAGCGAACAGAGUUAACACCACAAAAUAACCACGAACACACAUUAUCGAGACGACUUUGGCGUCACUUCUCGCCUCUUCUCUAUUUCUUCUUUCUUGUUGUUGGCGAUCGUAAACAGUCCAAACCGACGCCAUGCCUCUCCACCAGCGGACUUCUGCUAGCCCAUCUAAGAGGAGCAGCUCCUCUGUUAGGAGCACUGUCUCCGCCAGAAGCACUAACUCUUCUUCCUCCUCCAAAUCAAGGGCCUUGACUGUGCAAGACCAUGACUACGAAUAUGAAUUCGAUAUCGAAUCCGAGCUGCGCGACGAUCUUCAAAAGGCAAACACAGAACUCAACAAGGCCAAUGCCGAGAACGACAAAUUGAGCGCCCAGAACGACAAGCUCAAGGCCACCAUCGAGCAGCUUACCCGCAAGUUGAACGAGUCCAAGACAUCACUCGAAGAGACCACCCGGAAGCUUAACGAGUCUACAAUCUCGUGCCGUGAGCUCAAGGCUCAGAUCGAGGGUGUACGCUCUGAGGCUGAUGUCCUACGAGAGGACAACCGCCGUCUAAACACCGACUUCGAGGAACUCAAGGGCGAUAAGCGCCGCCUGAACAAUGAGUGUGAGGAACUCAAAGAGGAGAAGGAGGCCCUGAAGGAGGAGAAUGAGCGCGUCAAGUUCGAGCACCAUGAUCUUGAGCAGCGCUUCAUCGGUCUCCAGGCCAAGCAUGAGAACCUGACCAUGCGCCACAAUGCUGUAAGCAGCCAAGCUCCCUCGUCUGCCAUGACGAGCCCCAUGUCCAGCCCAAUGCCCAGUCCUCUUCCUGCCCCUCUACAGGAGGGCCGUAAGAACCCUUCCCGUCCUUCCAGCAAGGCUUCUAGCAAGGCCUCUAGCAAGGUUUCUACCAAGUCUUCCAGCAAGCGAGAGCCUCGCGAGGACCGCCACCGUGAGCAGGAGGAUCGUCACCAGUCUGAACGGGAGGAGAGCUCUCGUGAGGAACACACUCGUGAGAGACGUCACCGGGAGGAUCGCGAGCGCCGCGACCGCGACCGUGAGGAUCGAGGACGCCCCCAGCGCAGCGAAAAGCCAAAGGACAAGGAAAGAUUUGAGGCCAAGGAACGCUUGUCGAAGCGGUUUGAUGAGCGCCCUGCCGUGGCACCUCGUCAGACCAGCUUCAUCGAGCCAUGGGGUCCCGGAGGUUGGUCUCCUCGUUAUGAUGCCCCCCCAAGCGACUUUGACGCUUACGGCCAUAUGGCAACAGGACGCAAGGCCGCCAGUGUUGUGUCUAGCGGGGCUUAUUCCAAUGUCCCUCGCACGACCAGCAUUGUCAAUGGUCACUUCAGCAGCGACAGCAGCGCAUACGAUGAUGAGCGGUAUGAGGAUGGUUCUUACCAUGCCUACCCCAUCCCCAACUAAUCAUUCUUUUGGCUUGUUUGAUCUCCCGUUCUCAAGGUUACCUGGUCUCUGACUGGAUGCCACCAAAGAGAAUGGGCCACAGGUCAAAACAGGAUGCCCAUGGGGAUCGUCAUGAUUCACAUGAGCACACUCCCUCCUCGAGACGCCCUCGAGGAGUGAGAUCCUAGUAGGUAGGGCUUAACACCAAGCUCCACCUCUUGUCUCUUCCAAUUGUUACCGAUGAUCGGAUUCUGGCCAGUCACCUUCCUA